UAGCGUUGUAUAUUCAUUAAAAUACAGAACAGUAAAACAAAUAAACAGAGUGCCACACCGAACGACUUAAACAUAUGUUACCAAUGCAGGGUUCUCUUUAGUGUGACAAAACAGUCAUUUAGCUUUAACCCGUGUGAUGAGACACGCUGUGGAAUCAGUGGGAUUUAAUCUGCACCACAGCAUCUCCAGGCGGGCAGAGACACUGGAGGUUAAGAUGCAUUGGGGUGAGCCGCAACUCGCCUUAUUGAGAGCAGAGAUCUGAAACAGAUAUGGAUAAAUGUAAACAUGUUGGACGGCUACGACUUGCCCAGGACCACUCGAUUCUGAACCCGCAGAAGUGGCACUGUGUUGACUGUAACACCACAGAAUCGGUGUGGGCCUGCCUCAGCUGCUCGCAUGUGGCCUGCGGACGCUACAUUGAGGAACAUGCAAUCAAGCACUUUCAGGAAAAGAAGCACCCCGUGGCUCUAGAGGUGAAUGAGCUGUACGUUUUCUGCUACUUGUGCGACGACUACGUGCUGAACGACAAUGCCACAGGGGACCUCAAGUUGCUACGCAGCACGCUAAGUGCCAUCAAGAGCCAGAACUAUGAGUGCACCACUCGCAGCGGCCGAACUCUGCGCUCCAUGGCCAGUGAAGACAUCUCUGCAGGCAGUGUGCAGGAGCUGUUGUGGGAUGAGGACCGCAUGUUCACAGCGCUCUGGCACCGGCGACGCUCCCUAAUGGGCCGUGUCUUCCGCUCUUGGUUUGAGCUGACGGCAGGAGGCAAGCGGCGGACAGAGGAGGAGAGGCUUAGGGAAGAGGCAGAGAUAAGGAGGACAAAGACCCGGGAGAGGAGGCAGGAGCUGAAGCGUCGGCUGAAGGAGGAGCUGGAAAGCACCCCUCCGAGGAAGAGCUACCGUCUGAAGGAGCAGAGCCAAACAAGCACUCCCACAAUGAAGGUGCGGGCAGUUUUGCCCAAGACAUUUAGCAGGAUACCGGUGCCACCACAGCAACAAGCAGCAAGAAGAAAAGUAGCAACGGCAAUUCGUAAGCGAAGGAAGAUAUGCACAGGGGAAAAAAAAACAACCACAUCCACCUCGCUCAGAGCAGGCAAGUUAAAGUCUGGAGACUCUCCCAUCAAACGGAGGCCCACAGUAACCCCUGGGGUGACAGGCCUGCGCAAUUUGGGCAACACCUGCUAUAUGAACUCUAUCCUGCAAGUGCUGAGCCACCUGCACAUCUUCCGCGAGUGCUUCCUGCAGCUCGACCUCAACCAAGCCUUGGAGCUGCUCGCCAGCGCCACCAAUGGCAGUGCUCACAAACCCUCAUCCCCCAUCUUAAAGAGGAGGAACUUAUCAGCAGGCCUGAGCGGGGGAGCCUCACGUACGAGGAGCAUGGAACUUAUCCAGCCCAAGGAGCCCAGCUCUAAACACAUUUCCCUGUGCCACGAGCUGCACACCCUUUUCCAGGUGAUGUGGUCGGGGAAGUGGGCUCUGGUGUCCCCCUUUGCCAUGCUCCACUCAGUGUGGAGGCUUAUCCCAGCCUUUAGGGGCUAUGCCCAACAGGAUGCUCAGGAGUUCCUCUGCGAGCUCUUGGAUAAAGUGCAGCGGGAACUGGAGACCACGGGCACUGUACAGCCUGCACACAUGCCUGCCUCCCAGAGAAAGCUUAUCAAACAGGUCCUGAAUGUAAUCAACACUAUAUUUCACGGGCAGCUUCUCAGUCAGGUUACCUGCCUUGCCUGUGACAAUAAAUCCAAUACCGUGGAGCCAUUCUGGGACUUGUCACUAGAAUUCCCUGAAAGGUACCACUGCUACGGAAAAGAAACUGCCUCGCAGUAUCCCUGCCUGCUAACAGAAAUGUUAGCAAAGUUCACAGAGACUGAAGCCUUGGAAGGGAAGAUAUAUGCAUGUGAUCAGUGCAACAGUAAGCGCAGGAGAUUUUCUUCUAAACCAGUCAUCCUGACGGAAGCUCAGAAGCAGCUCAUGGUCCACAAACUGCCUCAGGUCUUGAGACUGCACCUUAAGCGUUUUAGGUGGUCAGGUCGAAAUCAUCGUGAGAAAAUUGGAGUUCAUGUCGGCUUUGAUCAGAUACUGAACAUGGAGCCCUACUGCUGUAGGGAUUCCACAGGGACCCUCAGGCCAGACUGUUUCAUAUAUGACUUGUCUGCUGUGGUGAUGCAUCAUGGAAAGGGAUUUGGCUCAGGACACUACACUUCGUAUUGCUAUAAUACAGAAGGAGGGUUCUGGGUGCAUUGUAAUGAUUCCAAGUUAAACAUCUGCACUGUGGAGGAAGUGUGUAAGGCACAGGCCUACAUACUGUUUUAUACCCAGCGUGUUUCUCAGGAGAAAGGACCAUCUCUUUAAACAAUGCCUCACCAGAGUAGUCCUCCAGCAGCUGAACACCAGCAUGGCAUUGAAAAGGGUAACCCUUCACUUAAAAACAUCAGCACAUCCAAAGACAUUUAGUCUUUGUACACUGUUUAGACUUUUCUUUGUGAAUAUGAAGUAUGGAUACAAAGUAUUGAUUACAAUACUAGUUUAAGGUUCCACCUUUUGUGAAUUGGUGUACAUUUUGUUUAUAAUGUUUUGUAAUACAAUGUUUGUAAACUGCAUUUUGUUAAGAGUAAGUGUAUAUACAGCUGUAAUUGAUUUACAUUGAUAAAAAUAACUGAACUGCAUGUAUGUGGCAAUUGUUCAAGCAUUUUAAACAGGAUGAACUGCCAUGAGGAAAUUCUUGUAGUCUGUUUUGCUAUGGUCUUUCAGAAAGUAUUAAUUUCAUAAUACUGUUCUGAGAGUAAAUACAUAUUUAGAUACUUGCCUUUCAACUGAACAAUCUCAGUCAGUUACUGUGCACUUCUUGUACUGAAACAACCAUACAAUGCAAGUUAUGUUUUAAUAGUCCCUUUUAGAAUGUACCCAGAAUAAGUGUUAAUAUUAGUUAACAAUCAAGUUAGAUUUUUCUUUAUUACGGGGUGGGGGGGGUGCCAGUAAUCUUUCGUGACUUGUUCAGCACUCAGUCAAAAUAGAAGGAAGGCCUGACUUUAAUGUUUUCUCAGAACAGGUCUAAAAUAUUUUAAUUAAUUUGAUCCCUUUGCUGCUUAAUGUCCAAUAUAUUUGACAUGAAGAAAGUAGGCAUUAAAUGGGGAUGGGAACAUACCCAUUUUAGGAGGGAGGGGGGUGGGGUUAUCUACAUUUUCAUAUUGGGAUAUAAAUGCUUUAGCAUCACAUGCUUUUGAAAUGUAAGCUAUUCCCUUUAUUAUUAAUAUGUAUUUUUUAUUUGGUAACCAAAGCUCUUGGUAAUGCAACAUAAAAUCAGUUCUGAGAGGUAGUUUAGUAAUGCAAGUGUCUUGAUGUAUGUGUACAUUUGUAGAUGUAAAUUCUCGUUUGUUUUUCUGUCUUUGAUAUGCCCUUCAGGGAAAGUGGUGUACUGAUCUAUUUAGGAGAUUGCAGUGCACAAAUGCACAGGGCUUGCCAGGUAUUAAGAUUGGUCUUUGACCCUCCAGGAUUUAUUUUUUUGUUUUUAUUCUCAUCAAAGAAGCUUGUUAAUUACAAAACAGAGCAAUUUUCUGACUGAAAGCUCUGAAUCAAAAUGUAAUCACCAAUCCAUUUUAAAUGUAUUAUAGGUAAGUGAUUUAAACCUUUUUUUUCACACUAUAUUGAUCUGAAAUCUGUAUUGCAACCUUGCAUUCAGCCUUGGUGCAGCCUUAACUAAAAUUAGGUAAAAUGAGAACAGACUAUUGGAUAAUUAAUUCAAAACACUCUUGUCAGAAUACUUUUGAAAAUAUGACCACAUUUUGCAAUUUUAUAGGUUUCUAAUUUGGAAUACCAAAACAUCUUAAAGGGAAGCCCAAAUCGGAAUGUUUAGCAAACCCCUACUGGAAACAUUUAGCGCGUAAAGGCCCCAGCUGAGAUAACCGGUUAAAUAUUUUGGUUUAUACUUUUCUACAGUCGUAUUUAAAAUUGAAAAAAAAUAGUCGAGCACAGCACUGUUGCAAUGGAUAUUUUUUGUUUUGUUUAAGAUGUUUGUAAAAAUUCAGUGUUCUGUAGUAUAUUUUGUUUUUUUUCUGAUAUAAAUGUUUGGAAGUAAUACUAUGCAAAUUGUUACCUCAGUUUUAGAUAACUUUUACCUCAAUAAACUGACAUUGUUUUUACAAAAAAAAAA